UAUUUUUUUCUUUUUAUCUCUACUACAAUGGAGUUUGUGAUUUUGGAAGGAGAGGUGAGUUUGAAAGAGGAGCAAGUGUUAGUGUCAAAGCAGCUACAUCUGAUAUCGUCUGAAACGCAAACGCUGAACAGAAGAGCCGUUCUAAACCGCAUCCGCAACCACAAAUGUAUUCACAAAAUCAAGAGUCUUCUCCACACCACCGCGGCUAAUGACGGAGCCACCGUCGAUGCUGAUCAUUAUCGGUGGAUUGAUAGUGGCGAUGUCUUCUCUUGUCCGUGAAAUGGGCAGAGACUUUGACACGUGUAUGUCACGAGUGUGUUUGUGAUUCUCUCUUGUCUCUAAUAUCCAAAUACAAGUUGUGUUAUAUGUAACUCUUUCUAGUGAGUAAGUGAUCAUCAUAAAAUUGUAGUU